GCCUUAGGUUUCUAGAACGUUCCACUAUAUAAACCCUCUCCCUCUUCACCCUCUUCCCUCUUUCAUUUCCCCCCAAAUCCCAAAACCGUCGAAACCCUAAUUUCCCAAAAACCCUAAUUCCCAGAUCUCGUUCACCAUGUUAGAACUCCGUCUAGUUCAAGGUUCACUUCUCAAGAAGGUCCUAGAAUCGAUCAAGGAACUCGUCAACGAUGCCAACUUCGAUUGUUCCUCUACUGGUUUCUCUCUUCAAGCCAUGGAUUCUAGCCAUGUUGCUCUUGUCGCGCUUCUUCUUCGUUCUGAAGGGUUUGAGCAUUAUCGCUGUGACCGGAAUCUUUCUAUGGGUAUGAAUCUGAACAAUAUGGCGAAGAUGUUGAAGUGUGCUGGUAAUGAUGAUAUCAUUACUAUUAAGGCUGAUGAUGGGAGUGAUACUGUUACCUUCAUGUUUGAAAGCCCUACCCAAGACAAGAUUUCUGAUUUUGAGAUGAAGCUGAUGGACAUUGAUAGUGAGCACCUUGGAAUUCCAGAGGCUGAAUAUGAUGCCAUUGUUAGGAUGCCAUCUGCUGAGUUUGCUAGGAUUUGCAAAGAUCUUAGUAGCAUUGGUGACACUGUUGUCAUCUCGGUUACUAAGGAGGGCGUGAAGUUUUCAACCAAGGGUGACAUUGGAGCUGCAAACAUUGUUUGCAGGCAGAACACUACUGUGGACAAGCCUGAUGAUGCUACUGUCAUAGAGAUGAAAGAGCCCGUCUCCUUGCAAUUUGCAUUAAGAUACAUGAAUUCUUUUACCAAGGCAACUCCUUUGUCCAGCACAGUUACCAUCAGUCUGUCAAAUGAACUACCAGUUGUUGUUGAGUACAAGAUUGCUGAGAUGGGUUAUGUUAGGUUCUAUCUAGCUCCCAAAAUAGAGGAAGAUGAUGAAGAAACCAAGCCCGAAGUUUAGUUGGAUAUAGAUGUUGGAUUGGCAUCUUAGGUUUUGAUUUUGAUUGUAGUUUUAGGACGCUUUUAUACAUUAUCAAGGUAUUGCGUAUGUUUGCCUAUCUCUGAAUUUGGAAGAGGUGUGCAUGUCACAUUAUUUUCUACCUCGUUUAAAUCAAUGUUAAACAAUGGAUGUGCAUUCUCCACUGUAGGGCCUUUUAUUUUAUUGCUUUUAUGCAUCUGAACAGCUUUCAAACUAAAUGUGGAAUCUUGGAAGAGUUUGAAAUUAACAGUCAAGUUUGUUGA